UAUAUCUCAGACAAUCAGUUAGUUGCUUUGUUCAGUAGUGAUCAGUUGUCACUUCUGAUUUAGAGAAAACUAAUCUGUUUGGCUUGCCAUCAUUGAGGAUUUCAACCAAAUAAACUCGUACAUCACAGAGACUAUGUCAAUGGUUCGAAGAAGUAGUCGCCUGCAGGAAGCAGGCUACUACACGGAGGAAGGACUACCAACACUUUCCUUCAAAGAAAGCCCACGCAGGGUCUUUCGGCGGAGGUAUCGUCGUCGGCAUCAUGUGGACGUUCCAGUUCACCACGAGUCCACAGACAGUGAUGAGUCUAAGCACAGUCGCACAGUUCAGACUCAGACCAACUGCACUCGUACCACUGGAACACAAAGUAGCAUGAGCUUUUCAUGGCUGCUCCUUUUGGCUGGAAUCGUAUUAUUUGCAGUGCACAUGCAAGUACAAAUACUCGAGCUCCAGUAUGAGCUGCAGCUAAAGGAACAGCGAAUGGAAACUUCUUUCCCUGUGGCGGACACAAUGUCUAACUUCGCUUUAGAAUCACAGGGUGCAAGUGUUUUAGACCAUUUGUCUUCCGACAUGUAUCGGGAACAUACAUGGCAAGGAUAUGGAAUUUGGGAUUAUAUAUCUCAAUCCUACUGUGGUGGACCGUCAGAACAACAGAGAAGAGUUAUACAGGGACACUCUUCACUACGUCCAGGAGAAUGCUGGCCCUUUUCAGGUGAAACAGGACAUUUGUUUAUUUCCCUUUCUCAUCCAGUUAUUAUCACACAGGUGACACUGGGCCACAUCACCAAGAGCCAGUCUGUGAGUGGACUGAUUGCAAGUGCGCCGAGGCAAUUUUCAAUCCACGGAAUGAGGACAGAGGACGGAAUAGGCACCAACUUAGGAACACUGGUGUAUGAUCAUGACGGCCCAGCAUUCCAGACCUUCAACCUGCCUAAUCAAGAAUUUUUCAGAUAUGUGAAGCUGGAAGUCGAAAACAACUGGGGCAACAUCGAUUACACGUGCCUAUAUAGCUUCAGGGUUCAUGGCAAGGUAAGUAAGUAGAUGGGUAAAUCAAUCUCAAAACAUAAGGAUAGGCUGUGUUAAUACAUCUGUAGGAUGUUUAUAGUACAUCAUAAUUGUGGCUGUGACAGUUGCUAAGCAAAACUUGGGUAUGGCAGAAAUCCAGAGAGGCUAUGGAGAAGGACUUUUGGUUGGUCUUAACGAUGCUCUGGAAGACCGUUUGAUGACUUGGGGCAGGAAAGCAGGGCUUGGUCCAGGCUGUAAUCAGCACUGAAGGAGACCUGAUAACCUGACCUGGGGUGAUGGUGGAAAGAGCACUUUGAGGAUCUCCUAAAUCCAGCCCUCACGUCCUCUGUGAAGGAGGCAGAGUCUGGUGACUUGGGGGAAGACUUACCAAUAUCCCUGGCAGAGGUCCCCGGGGUUGUCAAAAGCUCCCCGGCGGCAAGGCGCCAGAGAGUGGAAGAGAUUCGCCCUGAGAUGCUGAAGGCUCUGGACAUUGUUAGGCUGUCUUGGUUGACAUGCCUCUUCAAUGUCUUGUGAGGGUUUGGGGACAGUGCCUUUGGAGUCACAGACUGGGGAGGUGGUUCCCAUACUCAAAACAAGGGGACCGGAGGAUGUGCUCCAAUUAUUGGGGUAUCACACCGCUCAGCCUCCCCGGAAAGGUUUAUUCCAAGGUGCUAGAAAGGAGGCCAACUGAUUGUCUCUAACCUCAGAUUCAGGAGAAACAGUGUUGACGCCGUCCUGGCCGUGGAACAGUGGACCAGCUCUUUACCCUCGCAAGGCUGCUGGAGGGGUCAUGGGAGUUUGCCCAACCAGUCUACAUGUGAUUUGUGGACUUGGAGAAAGAUUACGACCGUGUCCUUUGGGUAGUCCUGUGGGAGGGUACUGCGGGAGUAUAUGGGGUACCUAGCUUGUUUUUAUGAGCUAUCCGUUCCUGAAUAUAACCAAAGUCAGAGUUGUGUCCUCAUACUCAGCACGUCAAACUUGUUCUCAAUGGGUGUUGGCCUCUACCAUGGCUGUCCCUUGUGUCCGAUUCUGUUUAUUGUCCCAUAGAUGGGAUCUAAAGGAGCAGCCGGGGGGAGGAUGGUGUUCAGUUUGGUUACCACAGAAUUGCAUUCUGCUCUUGGCAGAUAAUGUGAUUCUUAUGGCUUCAUCAAACUGGGACCUCCAGUUUAAAUUGGGGUGGUUUGCAGCUGAAUGUGUAGCGGUUGGGAAGAGAGUCAGCACCUCCAAGUCUGAGGCCAUAGUUCUCUACCGGAAGACAGUGGACCGCCCUCUCUGGUUUGCGAGUGAGUCGCUGCCCCAGGGGGAAGGAGCUCAUGUAUCUUGGGGUCUUAUUCACGGGUGAGGGUAGAAUGGUGAGAUGCGGAAGGUUCGGGUCGGCAUCAACAGUGACACAGGUGCUAUACCGGACUGUCCGGUGAAGAAAGAGCUGAGCUUGAAGGCUAAGCUCUGAAUUCACCAGUUCGUCUAUGUUCCAACCCUCGCCUAUGGUCAUGAGCUGUGCGUAGUGACCGAAAGAAUGAGAUCACAGAUACAAGUGUCCGAAGGGAAAUCUGGGAUAUUUUGCUUAGCCUGCUGCCCCCACGACCCUGCCCUAUCCAGAUGUUUUGAGGUUGAUUUACCAUGAUAGACAGCAUGGGGGCUCAGAGGUUAACGCUUCUGUUCUUCCCAUGUCUGUGUGGGUUUACUCCGGGUGCUCCGGUUUCUUCCCGCAACCUAAUUUGGUUUAAUUGGCAAAUAUAAUAAUUAAAUAAAUGCGCUUAAUUAUAACUAUAUUGCUCUGUGUGUUUGAUUCAAUAUUUAAAGAGUUUAAGUAAUAUUACUACAAGCUAAGUUCAGGUUAAGGCUUGCUGCAGGUCCUUGUACAACAA